AAAAAUAGCGAGGGAACCGCUUCGGCUUGACGGCUGGCGCUUCGCUUCGAUUGUUUGCAAGUGCUGCUUCUUGCUACUUCACAGACGCCAUCUUGUUAUAGCACGGUGCGGAACUUUAUCCAGCGGCUACUUCACUCCAGAUUUGAAAAAUGUCACGCUAUCGUGAAUGGGAUCUGUCCUGCAAAGUUUACGUUGGUAAUCUAGGCAGCAGCGCUAGUAAACAUGAGAUCGAGAGCGCCUUCAGUAAGUAUGGUCCGUUAAGAAAUGUAUGGGUGGCAAGAAACCCCCCUGGCUUCGCAUUUGUGGAGUUUGAAGAUCCAAGGGAUGCUGAAGAUGCUGUGAGAGGAUUGGAUGGGACACGAUGUUGCGGCACUAGAGUGCGAGUCGAGAUGUCCUCCGGAAGAAGUCGACGUGGUGGAGGAGGCCGCAGACCAGGUCCUCGUUAUUCCAGGUCCAGGUCGCGCAGCCCCCGUAGGAAAUCCCUUGGUCGUUACCCGAGGUCCUGGUCGAGAAGUCCGCGGAGAUCAUCGAUUAGCCGCUACUCAAGAUCGAGAUCACGCAGCCCCCGCAGGAGGUCAUUGACUCGGAGUCGCAGCCGAGACCGCCGCUCGCGUUCGGAUUCCCGUGACAGACGUUAGAUGCUAAAAGUUCGAGAGAGAAAGAGAGAUAGAUAAAGAGAGAGAAAGAGAGAAAAAUCAAGCCAGCUUAUUACUUAUGUCCCGGAGAGAAGAAAAUGAAAACAAAAAAAAAUGAAGCGAAACACUUCUUCAUAUGUAAAUAAUAAAGAUUGAUUGUUAACCACACAUAUAUGUACGCGCUCACGUUUGAAAUUUUUAAAUUACUAUGAUAAGAAUACGAUAAUUAAACCGAAUAAAAGACAUGUCAGCAGAUUUCAGGAAUUUAGUCUGUAAGCCAUAAUAUCUGUAAGUUUCAAUUAUAUAUAUGUCGUGUUUUACAUUGUGUUAUAUCGUAUUAUACAUAUAUGUCAUGUGUACACAUUCACACACUCACACAACACAUACGCUUACCUCUCUCACUUACUCACUCUUUCUCUCCAAAAAAAUAUGGAUGUGGAUUAAAUUUAUUAUUUUUUUUUUUCAGGUAGCGGAUAGAUGCAAAAUAAUAUUUGUGCAUGAAUUUAUAUACAUUUUCCAUAUUCAACUGCGCACCGAUUAUUUGUCGGUCUUGAAACGCCUUUCAGUCCUGGACUGAAAGCUCAAAGCUGGAAUCGCAGUAUCACGAAUUGGCAAGUCAACUUAAUAAUAUUGAUGCGAGGGGGGUAAUCACUCAGAAAAUAGGUAUACAUCUGGACUUCUGAGUUCAAGACUUCACCGAAUUUCAUAGACUGCCAUGGACUUCAUCGGAUUAGACGUCAGACUUUGACGGAUUUUAUUGGGCUUUGCCAGAUUUUCCGGACUUCAUCGAACUUCACGGACUGUCAUAGACGUGCAAUUUUAUUGCUAUGCCGGACUUCGACGGACUUUACCGGAUUUGACUUCAUUGAACGUCGACAGACUUUAUCAGACUUCUGACGGGUUGUACAUCAGAAUUUAAGAGUGGUUACCCCAUCGUAUUGAUGUUAAUGAGCAUUUUAAAUAUCUAUAAGAAUUUAUUGCGCCAAUAUCAAUAUCGCCAGGAUCAAAUCUUACAUUCCAUGACAGGCGUCUUAUUAAUUCGAUCAUGUAGGGAUGUCUAGGAAUAUGAAGUAUGUAUCUUUUUUAAAUGAACGAUAACAAGGACGAAAUAAGACAAGCAAUAAGAAUCGAUUCUGGCGGGAGUAAUAUAUUUUUCGCAAUAAAUUCUUUACAGGUAUUUAAGAUGCUCAUUGGCAUUAAUAUUAGACCUGUUCUUUUUAGUUAAAUUUUUUGCACGAUUCAUUUUUCCUCUUUUUCUCUUCAUUAGAGAGAAAAAGAAAUUGCUUGUCAAUUUAAUUGAUACGGUUACAGCUUUAGUUUAGAAAUGUGUUUCAAAAUCGACAAAUAAUUGGCGCGCAUGAAUGGAAAAUGUAUACAAACACAAAAAUUGUAUUAUAUCCGCUGUGAUCGAAUAUUAUACAGACUUAUUACAUUGUAUCACAUAUCAAUAUACUUAUUUUUUUAAAUCUUUUUUGUAAAAAAAAAUCUGGAGUUUCUAGCCAAAAACCAACGAGGUAGCUAUAUUUUUCUCUAAAAAAAAAGAAGUUCAAAUUCAGAACGGUCAGCUAACGGUCGGAGAGCCAAAGAUUCGUUCAGAAAUCGGAUCAAAGGAUCGGAGACGGUAACCGUGAUUCACACCCAUAUUUUUUUUAGAGUACACAAAUAAUUGAUUAAUUACAAUGAACCAGCAAAACAUUUUAGAGUUAUGAGGCAUAGUGUUAGGAUUUUGAAUUUACGUAUAACACUUGCUAGUACUAACAUAUAAUGGCUUUCGAUUAGUUAGUAUUAAUAAUUAUGUACAGAUGGAAAUGUGUCGCUAUUACGACAUCGUUGAGAAGCAAAAAUGUAUCAAUGAGUAAUGAUGUCCCCUUUCAUCUUAUAGUUUGUUCAUGUGUGCACAUACAGAAAUGAAUUUGUAUUUUGAUGCAAUAGAUGCGGACGAGCGCGGUCGUCAUUGGUAACCAACUCAUGGAUGGCGUGUUCGUUUGCACUAUCUUACACGAAAGCCCAAACUCGUGUUUGCUUCUCAGUGUACCUUCUUUACGUGUGUACAAGUAACAAAAAUUCUUUUUUCUUCUCAUUAAAACAAUUCAUGAUAUAUUCAUGAUAAUAAUUAUAAAUAUUAUACGAUUAUUGAUUAAAAAACUUUUGGUAAUUCAAUGUUUUUGAUGGAAGGAUGAGAAGAGUGUAAGAAUUUUUGUUUUGUAAAAAAGUUUGUAUUGGCUUUGUGUUUUUGAUUGUAUAAGACCACAAAUAAACUUGUGAAUGAUAAUAAAUAAAGGUGUCAAAUUUGAUCAAA